AUGUCUGCUGUCAAUCGCGGACUACGACAGGCCUCGAGAACAUUGCGCCUGCCCCAGACCCAGCAACGCCUCGGCCAGCCAUCAUCAGCAGCAGGAGCGUUGCGGCCGUUGAUAGCCAACAGCACCUGCAGCAGAACCGCUGCGACCCCCGCUCUCGCAACACCGCGCAACUCGUCGGCUUUUUCAACAAUGGCUUCGCUCCAGUCUGCUGCCGCCGCGGCCGCCGCGCCCUCGCCCGCCUCGCACCAGGGCUACGACGCCGAGGUCAAGGACAUUGCCGACUAUGUCCACAACAAGAAUAUUGACUCGGACCUUGCCUUCGACACGGCGCGAUGGGUCUUCAUCGACACGCUCGGCUGCGGCCUCGAGGGCCUGCGCUUCAAGGAGUGCACCAAGCUGCUCGGCCCCAUCGUCGACGGCACCGUCGUGCCUAACGGCACCAGGGUCCCCGGCACCCCCUUCCAGCUCGACCCCGUCAACGGCGCCUUCAACAUCGGCGCCAUGAUCCGCUGGCUCGACUACAACGACUGCUGGCUGGCUGCUGAGUGGGGACACCCCAGUGACAACCUCGGCGCCAUCCUCGCCGUCGCCGACUGGGUCACCCGCACCAACAAGGCCGGCGGCAACAUCUUUGGCGGCAAGACCUUCACCGUCCGCGACGUGCUCGAGGCCAUGAUCAAGGCCCACGAGAUCCAGGGCUGCCUCGCCCUCCUCAACUCGUUCAACAAGGCCGGCCUCGACCACGUCGUGCUCGUCAAGGUCGCCAGCGCCGCCGUCGUCAGCAAGCUUCUCGGCCUCUCGGAGAAGCAGACGGCCGACGCCGUCACCCAGGCCUGGGUCGACGGCCAGAGCCUGCGCACCUACCGUCACACCCCCAACACCAUGUCGCGCAAGUCGUGGGCUGCCGGCGAUGCAUGCCAGCGCGCCGUCAACCUGGUCCUCAAGGUUGCCAAGGGUGAGCCCGGUAUCCCCACGGUGCUGUCGGCCCCUGUCUGGGGCUUCUACGAUGUCCUGUUCAAAGGCAAGAAGUUCGAGUUCCAGCGCCCCUAUGGCAGCUACGUUAUGGAGAACGUGCUGUUCAAGGUGUCUUAUCCUGCCGAGUUCCACUCGCAGACGGCCGUCGAGGCUUCGCAGAAGAUCCAUAACCAGCUCAAGUCGAUGGGUAAAUCGGCUGCCGACAUCAAGGGCGUCACAUGCCGGACCCACGAGGCCUGCAUCCGCAUCAUCGACAAGCAGUUCAGGCCCAUGGACAACUUUGCCGACCGCGACCACUGCAUCCAGUACAUGUGCUCCGUCAUGCUCGUCUUUGGCCGCCUGACGGCUGGCGACUACACGGACGGCUCCGAGGCCGCCACGUCGCCCCUCGUCGAGUCGCUACGCCAGAAGAUCAAGUGCGUCGAGGACCCCAAGUUCACCACCGACUACCACGACCCCUCGCUCCGCACCAUCAGCAACGGCCUGACGGUCGAGCUCAACGACGGCACCGUCCUCCCCGAGGUGGUCGUCGAGGCGCCUCUCGGCCAUCGUCUGCGCCGCGACGAGGCCAAGCCCGAGAUCCUCGCCAAGUACAAGCGCCAUCUCGAGCCCCACUAUCCCGCCGACAAGGUGAAGCAGCUGGUGGCGCUGAGCCAGGAGCCCAAGAAGCUCGAGACCAUGUCUGUGGACGAAUAUGUAGAUCUGUAUGUUGUUGAGCGUAGCGAGUUCGUGUAA